AAAAUACGCCAAAUGGGCUUGGGCCAUGAGCAAGGAUUUGGUGCCCCCUGCUUAAAAUGCAAGGACAAGUGUGAAGGCUUUGAGCUUCAUUUCUGGAGAAAAAUAUGCCGCAACUGUAAAUGUGGCCAGGAAGAGCAUGAUGUGCUCACAAGCAACGAGGAAGAUCGGAAAGUGGGGAAACUCUUUGAAGAUACAAAAUACACGACCCUUAUUGCAAAGCUGAAGAAUGAUGGCAUUCCCAUGUAUAAACGCAAUGUAAUGAUACUGACUAAUCCAGUGCCAGCCAAGAAGAACAUAUCCAUCAAUACUGUGACUUAUGAGUGGGCUCCUCCUGUUCAGAAUCAGACACUUGCUAGACAGUAUAUGCAGAUGCUACCAAAGGAGAAGCAGCCUGUUGCUGGCUCAGAAGGCGCACAGUACAGGAAGAAGCAGUUGGCUAAGCAGCUGCCUGCUCACGAUCAGGAUCCUUCCAAAUGCCAUGAGCUCUCCCCCAAUGAAGUUAAGCAGAUGGAACAAUUUGUGAAGAAGUACAAAAAUGAGGCACUUGGCGUAGGAGAUGUCAAGCUCCCUGGUGAGGUGGAAACAAGAGCUACUGACAAGAAUAACUUGAACAAUGGUGACAGAGGCACCUCAGCUGCUGUAGGAGCGAUGGAGGACAAGUCCCCAGAUCAGAAGGCAUCUCAGUAUUCCUGCUAUCGCUGCAAACUGAACAUGAAAGAAGGUGACCCAGCUGUCUACGCAGAACGUGCUGGUUAUGACAAAUUGUGGCACCCAGCUUGUUUUGUCUGUUGCACCUGCGGUGAACUUCUAGUAGAUAUGAUCUAUUUCUGGAAGAAUGGUAACCUGUACUGUGGAAGACAUUAUUGCGAUAGUGAAAAACCCCGCUGUGCUGGAUGUGAUGAGCUCAUAUUCAGCAAUGAAUAUACUCAGGCGGAAGGUCAAAACUGGCAUCUGAAACACUUCUGCUGUUUUGACUGUGAUUGUAUUUUGGCUGGGGAAAUCUAUGUAAUGGUGAAUGACAAGCCAGUCUGCAAGCCGUGCUACGUGAAGAACCAUGCUGCGAUCUGCCAAGGCUGUCAUAACGCUAUAGAUCCAGAAGUUCAGCGUGUGACGUACAACAGCUUCAACUGGCAUGCUACGCAGGUGAAAAAAUGUUCCUGUUGCAGCAAGUGUCUAAUUGGCCAGAAGUUCAUGCCGGUGGAAGGAAUGGUCUUUUGCUCAGUGGAAUGUAAGAAAAAGAUGAUGUCUUAAGAGAAGAUGUGCACAGAACCAAGCAUUGCUGCGUUCCAAAGGCUCUUGCAUUUCUACUGUAAAAUAUAUAAUAUUGGGGCGUUUAAAGUUAUUGGAAGUAUUAAGUAGCAUUUUCCC